AUGGUCGGAGGAGCCAUGUGCGGUGGAUACACUGAACAAGACCCAAACAGCGCUGAAUUCAAGGUAAAUUUUCAAGUUUUUGUUUGUUUCCAUGAGUUUAGGUAUGGUAAAAAGGUGUUUGUAGAGCAAUUAGUUUUUUUUAGUAGCGUUUGUAUGUCUAAAACGCUAAAGAAUUUUGACAAUGUAUCUUUGGAUAACAAGCUGCUUUUUUGACGUUAUGUUGGAAAGAUAUUAUUUUAUGUAAAUCAGCUUUUUCAUAAGAAACUGUUGAAGGAUUUAUCUUAUUUUAUUUAGUGGAUUAAAAGCCUUAUAUUGGAAUAGAGAAGAAGUUAUAUCUUUGGGUUGGAUUAGAUAUAGUUAUAGAGGACUACAACAUAGUUCUUUACAUUUCGUAAAGUUACACUCUAUUUUUUAGCCAUGGGUUGAAAAAGCCGUUCACAACUACAACAAGCAGGCCAACCACGCCAAUCUCCAUCGGUUGGUCAAGGUUCACAGUCUUCACACCCAAGUUGUUGCUGGAACCAACUACAAGAUCAAGUUCGACGUCGGAGAGACGAACAAGAAGAACGUAAGUUAUAUUUUUGUAUUGAGACCGAAGAACUGAUGGUAUUUGCUAGUUUAAAAGUUAGUUUAUGAAGGGUAAUAUGUUAGUAUUAGUUUAUUUAUAAAUCUAGUAGACUUUGUUGAAGUAACGCCAACUGUAAUACGAAUGUUAUAGAACGGCAACGAGCAGAUCAACGGAGACGAAGACGUUUCAAACGUCAAGACUGUCACUGCCGUCAUCUUCCAUCAACCAUGGACAAACACCGAAGAAUACAAGUUCGAAUAA